AUGACCUCCAUCGGAACGGGCUACGAUCUCUCUGCCAGCACAUACUCUCCGGACGGGCGCAUAUUUCAGGUCGAAUACGCCAACAAGGCUGUCGAAAACUCGGGGACUGCUAUUGGUCUCAAAGUCAAGGACGGCAUUGUUCUGGCUGUCGAGAAACUUGUGCACUCUAAGCUGCUAGUUCCUGGCGCGAAUCGGCGCAUCCAAACGAUAGACAGACACAUUGGCCUGGCCGCAGCUGGGCUACCAGCAGAUGGAAGGACUGUUGCUAACCGCGCGCGUGACGAAGCCGCCAACUUCAGGGAGACAUAUCGCUCGCCACCAACAUUGAAAGCUCUUGCCGAUCGGUUAGGCCAGUUCGUUCAAGUUUACACGCUUUAUUCGUCGGUUCGGCCAUUUGGAACCAGCACCAUUCUUGGGGCAGUCGACAAGGAUGGGCCAUCGCUCUAUGUGAUUGAACCGAGUGGGGUAUUUUAUGGAUACCAUGGUGCUGCCGUUGGAAAGGGUCGUCAGCUGGCCAAGACCGAGCUCGAGAAACUGAAACUCUCUGAGCUCACUGCACGUGAAGCAGUCAUCGAGGCCGCGCGAAUCAUUUAUCUGGUUCAUGAGGAUGCAAAAGAGAAGGAGUUUGAGCUGGAAAUGUCAUGGAUAAGCCCGGAGACGGAUGGUCUCCAUCUUGCUGUGCCUCAAGACCUCUUUGAUGAGGCCGAGACCAAGGCAAAAGAAGAGCUCGCGUCGGGUUUCGAGUAG